GCGCGACGACUCACUCUUCACCCUUCACCUUUUCUCCCCACCAGACUUCAAAGAAGCUCCCGAGCCUGUCCGUCAUGGCUCCGGCGCUGCUCGCUGCAAUUGACCUGCUCAACUACAGGGAAGCCUCGCCAGGCCUCAAUCCCCCGCAAUUGUCUUUCGUAGGCAAUGUAUUCGCUCGUGUCACCCCCGAAACCGUCGAUCAAGCCCUGGUCCACCUCCAGCAGUCCAUAGGCCGCUAUGCAAACUACCUCGGCGCCGCAUCCCUCACCUCACUUGACGAUGUCGUCUCGCUCCUCGACGCCGGCGCCGCGAAGGUCUUUGUUACUCGCCAGCAGCUCGAUCAGCUUAUGGCGCUGAACAUUGACCAGGAUAGACUCGUGCUCUGCUUGCCGGGGAAUACAAAGCAAGAGGUUAUAGAUACCAUUGCGGGGACACAGGUAGAUGUGUACUCUCAUCAGGUCGUGGACAUCGAGCUGGUGGAGGCAUGGCUGAAAGAGUAUGGCACAGACCGGCCAGACGUCUUCGUGUCUUUCGCAAACCCGGAUAUGGAUAGUGUCUUGCGCAUAUCCAAGCUGUCGGGGAUCCCAGUCAUCCCUGUGCAGUUCCUCACCGUCGAUGCACAAAGCGAACCAGGACUGCUAGGCGUCGCAAAGCUGAUCAUGGCUAAUGCGACGAGCAAUCGAGCAGACGGACUGUUUUCCACAGUGGUGACCGACGAGCGAGGAAUUGCGUUGGGGUUAGUAUAUAGUAGCGAAGAGAGCGUCGCGGAGAGUCUGAGGACCGGAAGGGGUGUAUACCAGAGCCGGAAGCGUGGGCUGUGGUACAAAGGGGAGAGCAGUGGAGACGUUCAGGAGCUGGUCUCGUUGUCGCUAGAUUGCGAUAACGACUGCUUGAGAUUUGUGGUUCGGCAAAAGGGUAGAGGCUUCUGUCAUCUCGCUACACCCACCUGCUUCGGGCAAUACAACGGCCUGUCGCGCCUCCAGAAAACCCUACAGAGCCGCAAAGAGUCUGCCCCGGAAGGGUCGUAUACCGCACGUUUGUUCAACGAUCAGCAGCUGUUGAGAGCAAAGAUCCUAGAGGAAGCCACGGAGCUGUGUGAUGCGACUUCAAAAGAAGACAUUGCGUUCGAAGCCGCGGACCUUCUAUACUUUGCUUUGACCAAGUGCAUAUCCGCGGGUGUGUCUCUAGAAGACGUCGAGCGAAACCUCGAUGCGAAGAGCAUCAAGGUAAAGAGACGGAAAGGCGAUGCCAAACCGGCUUUCGCUGUACCGGCUUCAGGUGCUAAUGGCGUGUCAAAUGGGACGAGCAAGAAGGAAGCGGUCAAAGAGGCCGCCGAAAUACCCAAGAGCAAAGACGACUCGGCCGGACUGAAGAAUGGCCGAAUAGCCAUGCAGUGCUACAUUACCGCAAAGGAGUCUCCCGAGAGAAUACAAGCCGCGCUCCAACGCCCAUCGCAACGAUCAAGCGACAAGAUCAUAGCUAUCUGCCACCCUAUCAUUGAAGCCGUCAAGACUCGAGGUGAUGCUGCCGUGUUAGAGUACACUCACAAAUUCGAGAAGGCAACUUCGUUAACAUCACCCGUUCUAAAGGCGCCCUUCCUCGAGUCGCUGAUGCAGCUUGCGCCGGAGACGAUGAAAGCUAUUGAUAUCUCGUUCGAGAAUAUUUGGAAGUUCCACGCUGCACAAAAGGAGGACAAGCCACUUGUGGUAGAGACAAUGCCCGGCGUCGUCUGUUCGCGCUUCAGUCGACCCAUUGAGCGCGUAGGCCUCUACGUGCCUGGCGGUACCGCCGUGCUGCCAUCAACCGCGCUGAUGCUUGGCGUCCCGGCCAUGGUUGCUGGUUGCAAGAAGAUUGUGCUCGCGACUCCGCCACGAGGGGACGGUUCAGUGACGCCAGAAGUUGUGUACGCCGCCCACAAGGUCGGCGCGGAGUCGAUCGUGCUCGCAGGAGGGGCUCAGGCCGUUGCCGCCAUGGCGUACGGAACCGAAAGCGUAUCGAAGGUCGACAAGAUUCUGGGACCGGGCAACCAGUUCGUCACUGCGGCGAAGAUGAUUGUCUCCAACGACACAAAUGCGGGAGUCAGCAUCGAUAUGCCUGCCGGUCCGAGCGAGGUUCUGGUCGUGGCAGACGCGUCCGCCAACCCGACGUUUGUUGCAUCAGAUCUUCUCAGCCAAGCCGAGCAUGGCGUGGACUCACAAGUCGUAUGUAUCGCGGUUGGUCUCAACGAAGCUCAGCUUGCUGCUAUCGAAGACGAGCUCCACACCCAGGCCAAUGCUCUGCCUCGUGUUGACAUCGUAAGAGGAGCCAUCGAGCACUCUAUCACUCUGGUCGUUCAGACUAUCGAGGAAGCCAUGGCUCUGAGCAACCAGUACGCACCAGAGCAUCUCAUUCUGCAGGUGCGGGAUGCGGAAAAGAUCGUUGAUCUCGUCGAGAACGCCGGCAGCGUCUUCAUCGGACAGUGGACACCAGAGAGCGUGGGCGACUACUCCGCGGGCGUCAACCAUUCACUUCCAACUUUCGGAUACGCGAAGCAGUAUUCCGGCGUCAACCUGGGCUCCUACGUCAAACAUAUUACCAGCUCUAACCUAACGCGGGAAGGCCUUGCUAAUGUUGGUCCCGCGGUGAUGGAAUUGGCUCGCGUGGAGGAGCUCGAAGCGCAUCGAAGAGCUGUUAGUCUGCGACUUGGUGUCGCGUGAGCCGGUCUGCGAGUUACAUAAACUACGUUUGCGAUUCUUCCUCGGCGGAUUAUGCUCUCUCAGAUGUGUUUGUCUCCUGUGAUAUCGUGUGUAUAUGUCGAGAGCAUAAUGCCUUGGCACGUUCGGUCCCUAGCUCAUAAGCGAUUGUUUCAUCUGUUUUCGCACCUGUCAUCAGCCAACGUCACAUAAACAGCGGUAGCGCUCGACGGAUCGACGCGCCGCGGGAAUGAGAAACGGGAUCUUGGAAGCGAGCAAAAGACGCAACCGGGAAAAAUUAGAUGGAAGCAUAUUAAAAAAGCGUGCGUGGUGUCU